GGGGGGCAGAGAAACCAUGGAUCCUCUCGCUAUUGCCGGCUUGACCGUCUCAGUUCUGGACCGACUAUGGAAAGAUAGCAAGGCACUAGAGACCAAGAUCAAGGACGAAAACAAUAGAAAUCGAGCAUUGAAGAUGCUCUUGUUUGAGCCAUCAAGCAUCUACGGAGGAAAGUCAUUAUUCGAGCAGUUUGACGCUGAUGUCCAGGACCAGAUACGUAUCUUCCUCGAAGAGGCAGUAGUGGUUUUGGAUCAAGCAUACCAGCUCCUAUAUCAAUGGCAGCAGACGGCGGCAGAGGGCAAGGAUUCCAAGAUACCUGAGAAACCACCAAACAAAAUAUUCUCCAGCUUUAAGUUGAAGCGGAAGCCUCUAAUAGCCUCUAGGCCCGCUUCUCCAGCUCCAAGUGAUGAGUCCUCUAAAUACCCUAGGCCGUUGCAACGACUGUGGUGGUCAUUUCGCGAUAAGAAGCGGCUUGAGUCCAUUGUUCGAAAUUUUGGCGAACUGAAUAGCCGGAUACAUGAGAACAUCAAGCUCUGGUGUCUUGGGACUGCAAUAGGGGUGGACCUGCAGCAUCUCCGACGGCUUGAGAAUGACCAUAAUUCUCGGGCCCUGGGCUUCAACAUUGAUGCCAGGCUCCAGAUCGCGGCAUCACAGGUUCAGGAUAUGUCUCAGAGCCUCGAGAUCAAGGAUGUUGAGCUCUAUCAACGGCUCAAGGAUGUGAAGAGCGUGGAGGAUCGAUUUGGAGUCCUGGAAUGGAGAAACAAGCCAAUGCUUGUAGAAUAUCGUCCUUACCAGACAGGGUCUCCUGUUGCGGUCGAGAUGAGCAGCAGGACUCGGUAUCUCGUGAAUAAUUUGGCUAAUCUAUUACACCAGCCUAAAGAAAUGGGUUUCCGAACGCCAUACUGCGAGGGCUGGGUCUCCCAAAUGCAGCACAACCGCGUGGCCUUUAUGUUUGUUAUCCCUGAUGCGGUCGAACCCACCCCUGUGAGCUUGCUGAGCCUCUUGUCCAGCGAGUCUCCGCCUCCAACGCUCGGCCAGAAAUUUUGGCUUGCGCCCAGGCUCUCCAGGUGUAUAUCCCAACUGCAGCUUGUUAAAUGGGUCCACGAGAGUUUCAGAAGCGAAAACGUCCUUUUCUUCUUAAAGAGUGGUUGUGGGGAGAAGAACGCUAUAUCCAUAUCUCAAGUCGAUUUAGCAGAGCCCUGGGUUCUAGGCUUCGAAUUCAGUCGCCCCGAGACGUACUUCACUGCAGGACUUGGAGACACAUGCCUGGCCCGAGACAUCUACCGCCAUCCGGACCGCCAACAGAACCCCACGCAGCCAUUCACCAAGCUACAUGACAUUUACGCCAUGGGCGUUGUGCUUCUUGAGAUAGGUCUCUGGCAGCCAGCCUUGGCGCUCAAGAAGUCUGGCUUCGCUCGUGUACAGACGAAGACAAUCACAGAGAUUCUCAUCCGUCAUGCAGAAAAGCGGUUGGGAGCUAAGAUGGGCGAAAAGUACCAGGCCGUCGUUCUUGCUUGCUUAAGAGGCAACUUCCAAUGUUCUAAUGAUACAAAGGAAGACUUAAAACUACAGGAAGCCUUCCGAUCGCAGGUUGUUGAUGUUUUAGAAAAGAUUGCAGCCUGCAUGUAAUACGCUAGACCACUAACUAGGUGCCCAUUUUGAAAUGAAAGGACCAAAACCAAUGUUACAAUAGAAUGAAGGAGUUAUUAUUCAGCACCCCAGUCUCGUUUGCCAACACCCCAGCCGUGGUAAUGCCACGAAUCUCUAGCUAUUCUACUGCUUCUACUGCUUCUAAGUGUAUAUAACAGUUUCAUAUAUAGGUAGACUAAUAGCCUUGAAGCCAUAGUUGGGGUGCUGAAUAAUAGUUAGGUAGAAUUA